CGCAACCUGUCUUUUGAAAAUCAAAGAACGGUAUUUUCUCCUAUUUUGCUUUCAUCAAUGGAAGUCAAAACCGCUCUCCUCAAUCAUCAAUCUCUUUUCCAAGGAGGAACACUUCAUCAUGUCCUGACUGGAAAUUAUGAUGAUCAGCAGCUAAACUUCUUUCACUGUGUAGAAGAAGCUUUAUUGUAGAGACCCAUUUGAUUCUACUGUCAUACAGAUCCAUUGUUGAUUUAUUUCCGUUAUUUGUUUUUAUUUCUGUAACAUAUCUUGAAUUUGUGUACCUUUUCUUCUAUUAAUUUAUGCCCCUUGUAAUUCUAUUCGAAAAUUUUCAGUUCUUACACUAUAUCUGCAAUUUAUUUCCUUAAUUUUUUUUAUUAUUUCUAGUUCAUUUUUACCAUCUCCACAUCUCAAAGGCUCAAACUUCCCAUAAUUCAGUUCCUUCCUUCUGGAGUUUUCUUUUUCCCCUUUAUUUUUAGUUGAAAAGUUCCUUGUAGCCUUACUUUGGGUGUCCAUAUAUCUAUUCCAAGUAAAACAUAAUUUCUCAAUUGAAACUUCUAUACCAUAACCGAGCACUUUGGUCUAUCUUAGUAUGAUUAACCUAUAGGCAUCAAUGUCAAUUCUAUGUGGCUUCCCUCUUCUAGAAUGUGUUUACUGUCUGGCAUGUGCCCGCUGGGCUUGGAAACGAUGUCUCCACACAGCAGGCCAUGACAGUGACACUUGGGGCCUUGCCACUGCCGAAGAAUUUGAGCCCGUCCCUCGCCUUUGCCGAUAUAUUCUGGCCGUCUACGAAGAUGAUAUUCGGCAGCCUCUUUGGGAACCUCCAGAAGGCUAUGGAAUCAAUCCAGAUUGGUUGGUCCUUAAAAAGAGCUAUGAAAAUACACAAGGGCAAGCUCCUCCUUACAUAUUGUACCUAGAUCAUGAUCAUAUGGACAUAGUUCUUGCAUUUAGGGGGCUUAAUUUGGCAAAGGAAAGUGACUAUGCGGUUUUACUGGAUAAUAAGCUGGGAAAGAGGAAGUUUGAUGGUGGGUAUGUUCACAAUGGGCUAUUGAAUGCCGCAGGAUGGGUUUUGCACACGGAACGUGAGGUUUUGAAGGAUUUGGUGUUGAAGUAUCCACAUUAUACUUUGACUUUUGCUGGGCACUCUUUGGGGUCAGGUGUAGCAGCAUUAUUAACAAUGUUAGUGGUGCAAAACCGGGAUAAAUUGGGAGACACUGACCGGAGAAGAAUCAGGUGUUAUGCCAUUGCACCUGCCAGGUGUGUGUCCUUAAAUUUAGCAGUUAGAUAUGCAGACGUAAUCAACUCCGUUGUGCUUCAGGAUGACUUCUUACCCCGCACAGCCACACCUUUGGAAGACAUAUUCAAGUCACUUUUCUGUUUGCCGUGCCUACUAUGUCUAAGAUGCAUGAGGGACACAUGCAUACCAGAAGAGAAGAUGAUCAAAGAUCCCAGGAGGCUGUAUGCACCCGGCCGCCUCUAUCACAUUGUUGAGAGAAAACCUUUCAAGAUGGGAAGGUUUCCCCCAGUUGUAAGGACAGCAGUGCCAGUAGAUGGGAGGUUUGAACACAUAGUACUUUCUUGUAAUGCCACUUCUGAUCAUGCUAUCAUUUGGAUAGAGAGAGAAGCCCAGAGAGCUCUAGAUAUAAUGUUGGAGAAAGAUCAUAUAAUGGAGAUUCCAGCAAAGCAAAGGAUGGAACGGCAAGAGACAUUAGCCAAAGAGAAAAGUGAGGAGUACCGGGCUGCACUUCAGAGAGCUGUUAAACUGGCCGUGCCUCACGCAUACGCACCACCUUCUCAGUAUGGAACCUUUGACGACGAGCCUUGGGACAACUCGCCCGAAUCAAGUGGCGAAUCUUCUUUCGGAUCAUCCAGGAAAACCAGGGGCAAAGAAACCUGGGACGAGCUGAUUGAUCGUAUCUUUGACAAGGAUGAGUCUGGUCACCUUGUGUUUAAGAUGUCACAUAGCAGGGAUGAUUGAUUAUAGUAAUUUGAGGCUAAAUGAGAGAGAAGAAUAGGAAUAUGUUUGCAGAGGAUCAUAUUCAUUUAUUCAUUUUGUAAUUUUCGUUUUGAGUUGAACUUGUGCUAUUGUAAUGACAGAUUUUGUUCUCUGCAUGUAUUUUAGUGAUAUAUUAAUAAAGAGUUUA